CGCUGCCCUCCCACGACAUGGCUGGGCCCUGGACUGCUGCUGAUCUGUCUCCUGGUGAGCAGGAGUAUUGCCAAGGAGGUGUCAGUGCACUGUAGCCACACAAUUAGGGAAGGACACCUGGAGUUACUGCAACAGCUGAUUGACAGUCAGAUGGAGACUUCAUGCCAGAUUGCAUAUGAGUUUGUAGACCAAGAGCAGUUGGAAGAUCCCGUGUGCUAUAUUAAGAAGGCAUUUUUCCUGGUACAAGACAUAAUGGAGGACACCAUGCGCUUCAAAGACAACACCCCGAAUGCCAUUGCCAUGCGGGGGCUUCAGGAACUUUUUGUGGAGCUACAGAGCUGUUUUACUAAGGAUUAUAAAGAUCAUGACAAGGCCUGUGUCCGAACUUUCCACGAGACUCCUCUCCAGUUGCUGGAGAAGAUCAAGAAUGUGUUUAAUGAAACAAAGAAUCUCCUUGAAAACGACUGGAAUAUUUUUAGCAAGAACUGCAACAAUAGCUUUGCAAAGUGCUCUAGCCAAGAUGUGGUGACCAAGCCUGAUUGCAACUGCCUGUACCCUAACGCCACCCCUAGCAGUGACCCGGCCUCUGCCUCCCCUCAACAGCCUCUCACCCCCUCCAUUGCCCCUGUGGCUGAUUUGACCUGGGCUGAUUCUGAGGGGACAGAGGGAAGCUCCCUCCUGCCCAGUGAGCAGCCCCUUCGCACAGUGGACCCAGGAACUGCCAAGCAGCGACCACCCAGGAGCACCUGCCAAAGCCUUGAAUCACCAGAGACCCCAAACCUGGGGAACAUCCCUAUAGAGGAUUCACCACAGCCUCACCCUCCUGCUGAGGGCCCCACCCGUGGAGUAGAGGACCUUCUUGACUCUGAAUUGGGAACUAACUGGGUCCUAGAAGAAGCCUCUGGAAAGGCUGAUGAAGAUUUGGUGCCCAAGGAGGCAAAGCUUUCCCCCGCUGGGCCAGUAGGGGGCAGCAUCUUGGCAGAGCCUGCCAGAUCCAGCCUCCUCCUCACAGCAUCUUCUCCGCUCCCCACAUCAACAGAAGACCAACAGCCAGCAGAUGUACCAGACAUUCCCUUGCCCAAGGUGGACCCCAUAAGACCCUCUGGCCAGGCCCACAAUCAUACUCUUGAGAAGACAGAUGGUUCAUCUGCCCUGACCAGAGACCACCAGAGAUCACAGGAGCCAAGCUCUCCCCGGAUGUCUUCACUACGCCCCCAAACCCCCAACAACCCUGCCACCCUGUCUGCCCAGACACAGCCUCCCAGAAGCCACUCUUGGGGCAUUGUGCUGCCCCUUGGGGAACUGGAGGGCAAAAGGAGCACUAGGGACCGGAGGAGCCCUGCAGAGCUGGAAGGAGGACAAGCAAGCGAGGGGGCAGACAGACUCCAGGCCCGUUUUAACUCCGUUCCUUUGACUGCUGCAGGCCAUGAGAGGCAGCACUCGGGAUCCUCUGACCCCCAGCUCCCCGUGUUUGUCUUCCGCCUUCUGGUGCCCAGUAUAAUCCUGGUCUUGCUGGCUGUCGGCGGCCUCCUGUUCUACAGGCGGAGACGGAGGAGCCAUGGAGAGCCUCAGACAUUGGAUUUUCCUUUAGGGCACCCAGAGGGCAGCCCCCUGACCCAAGAUGAGGGAAGACAGGUGGAACUGCCAGUGUAGGCACAAUUCGAAGUUGAACGCACAGGACUAUCUCUCCAUGGGAGGAGACGUUAUGGGAGCAUCCAUCACCAACCUUUCCAGUUGUCCUCUUGGAAAUGUGGUUUGCCUACCACCAGACCUCUUGCCUGCCAGGACUGGACCAGAACAGCCAUGCUAGCUCCUUCUGCCUUGACCCUUAAACCCUGAGCUGAAUGAGAGACGGCCGGAGGAUACCCCUACACCACCGCUAUUUAUUGUGGGCCCUGGAGGCUCCCUGUGCUUGAGGAAGGCUGGCGAGCCCCACUCAGGACCCUGGCCCGCAGAGACUGCAAUUUCCUCUGACUCGUCUCCAGGGGACCUACUUGCCUGUGGCAGGUUGGAGACCAGAGUGGAAGAGCCCUGCAUCCAAAGGACCCAUUUGGUGCCAAGGAAUCCCAGAAGGGACAGGCAGGGACCUGUCCCCAGAUUGGCAGGGCGGGACAGCCUCCAUCUGAUUUCCCGUAAAGGCGUGAAGCUCAAUACACAGACGGGAAGAGGAGGCCGCUGACUGUUUGCUGACAGCUUUUACUGGGGGGGGGGGGUCUGUCUACCCUCCACUUGCCUAAGUGCCCUCUGUUGGUGGCCAGGCAGGAAGGAGAGGCCAGCCCUGCCCUCAGGACUUGCCCAAACCUGGCUCAAGAUGCCCAGAGGAAGGACCCAACUCUGGCCUCUGCUUCUCCUCCUCUCCAAUCCCUGCCAGAGCUUCUCCGGGAGGCCCAGAGGCUUCCCUCAUGAAGGAAGCCAUUGCACUGUGAAGACUGAACCUGCCUGCUGAACAGCCUGCCCGCCCAUCCACCCCCAUGAGUGAACAUCCGUCCAAAUGUCCUCCCACCCUUCCAGCCCCUCCCCGGCUUCCUAUCUUGAGCUGGCCUCACUUGUUGACUAGGGGAGCCCCUGAGCCCUAACUUUCCCCUGCCCCAGCCUUUGACUCAGGGGGAACUGUGGAAAACGACCCUCCCACCCCAAGCCAGAGCUGGUCUUUAGGCUGUGUCUUUCACCCAGGUUUCUGCAUCUUGCACUUUCAUGUUCCCAAGAGGGAAGUGACUAGAAGGAGGGGAGGUGGAGGCAGAGAGGCCACUGGGAGAGCUCUGACUGCAAUGGGUCUUAGAAAUAUGGAUGUGCCUGAGGUUAGGAGAGAUGACUGCACCCUAGUCCCUCAGCCCAGUCUCCCUUCCCUGCUGCCCACAGCCUAGGACUGAGCAGGUGGUCCCCAUCAUCCAGUCCCACCCAUGUGGCUCCUGACUCCCAUCUUCUCCGGCCCUCCUUUCUCCUGUCCUGCCCUGGCAGGCAAUGACACCCUCCCCCACCACUCACCCCAUUCCCCCCCAGCAGCUCUGGCCAAGAAGCCAGGGCUGGAAAAGGACCAUCUCAGUCAUCCGCUUCCAACUCUGCUCAAAGGGCGGGCCUCCACUUCCUAGGCCAGCCCCUGGCUGUGACUCUGAGACCUGAGCAAUGGGUGACAAUGCUGUCACUUGCCUUUCAGUCCCUUUAUGCUGCUGUGUCACUCCUGCCACCCCGAGUCCUCCACUGAGAGAACCUGUCUUCCCUCAAUGCUGUCAGAGACAGAAAGGGUCUCCAGGCCCAGCCACCCCUGUCUUGGAGCUGAUGGCCUAAGGAAAGGCAGGCAAGAACUUUCUAGUAGGGCUCACCCUUCUAGUCACAGACUCUAUAUUCCAUGCUAGAAAAUAUAUUUUUUAAAAUGAAAGGAAAAGCAUAGAAAAAAAAAAGCAUUUCUCCAUUCCCCUCCACCUUAAACCUACAGUAUUUUAAAAGUCAAUAAGGCAAAUCCAGCCCGUUUGCAGAAGCUCUUUGUGGGCAUGUGGUGACACAGAUGCAGGAGGAGCCCCAGAGCCACCUCUGGGUACCCCUAUACCUGCACAGGAACCCCUUAUUUCUUCUGAGAAAGCUCAGAGGGAACAUUUGGCUCACGAACUGUGAGACUGCGUUUUUAUACUUGGAAGUGGUGAAUUAUUUUAUAUAAGGUCAUUUAAAUAUCUAUUUAAAAAAUAGGAAGCUGCUUAUAUAUUUAAUAAUAAAAGA